CAGUCAGAUCACAAUUCACUUCAACCCUUUCUACGAGCGCUUUUCGCUGCUGAAAAACUGUGUGGAAGGAAAAAAAUCCUAGAAAAAUUUCCCCACCGCUGACCCUUGUAUUGCACUCUCAGUUCCGCAUCGUGACAGGCUCAGAAAAGGGUUCAAGAGGUGAGAAAAAUAAAUUAACGUUUUCACUUGGUUUCGACGUUCAACGUUGUCGCAGUAUAGCGGCGGGCUUUUUCAGCCAUGAAUAACCUUAAACUUGGAUUUGUCCUUAUUGUCCUAAUUCAGGCUACUCUUUUGAGUGCGGUCAAAGAUGGCUUAUGCCCAAGGGCACCACCUUAUGGCCCCUGUGUCACUACCUGUGGGGCUGAUGAAGACUGUGAUGGUUCAAAAAAGUGUUGCAGCAAUGGCUGUGGCUCUUGGUGUCUUGAACCAAUGUGUCCACCUGGUCAACAGCAUGUGGACUGCUCCGCCCAGCUAUGUAAUUAUGCUGGGUGCCCUGAUAAACCUCAAGAGAGUUUGAGAUGUGUGGUGGAAUCCUGUGGCAAGUGUAGUAUGAAGUUUAUAAACAAGACAACAGGACAAACUGUAAAGUGUGGUCCAGUGGAAACUUUGUGCAAGCGUAUGCUAGCUGCUACCCAGCAGAAGCCCCUUCUUCUGGGUCAGUAUGUGCCUUCCUGUGAUGCAAGCGGACAUUUUAAUAGAGUUCAGCUCCAAGAGGGAUAUUUCUUUUGUGUUGAUGACAGAGGAAUUCCUGACUUUUCCACCAGAUCAAGAACUCAGCCCAAGUGUCCGGAGUUAUCUUUGUGCCAGAAGAAGAAACAAGAAGCUGAGAAACUUCCUCCAGUUGGUCAUUUUGUGCCACAGUGUAAGAGUGAUGGUUCGUUUAAGAAGAAGCAGUGUCAUCCAUCAACUGGACAGUGCUGGUGUGUAGACCAUAAUGGACAAGAAUGGAGUGGAACCCGCACAAGAGGAGACCUGAACUGUACAACUUCUGUGUGCCCAAAGUCAGUUAAAGGGUUUGAUUGUGAUCCAAUGCUGUGUAAUACAGCCUCAUGCCCUGCCCACAAAGAUGCCACCUGCAGGGUGAACACCUGUAACAAAUGUGAAGUGGAGUUCCUUGAUAAAAAUGGCAGAAAAGUUGACUGUUUCUCCAAGUGCCAAAAUCAGCGCCUUAAAGCCCUUGGUACUCGGACUCUGGAUGAAAAACCAGUACACCCCAUUGUUGGACGCUUUGUACCACAGUGUGCAUCAGAUGGAAGCUAUGAGGAAGUACAGUGUUAUGGCUCCACUGGUUACUGUUGGUGUGUGGAUGUUGGAGGAAACCCUGUGGUUGGAACCAUGACUCGUGGCUUACCUCAUUGUAACAAGACCGCUUUGGGAGUUUGCUCAGGGAAACCAAUGUUCACCUGCCUUCGCAACUCCUGUCAGUGGUCUACAUGCCCUGCCCAUCCUGAUGCAAAAUGCCGCAUUAACCCCUGUGGAGGAUGUAAAGUAGAAUUUGUUGAUAAGAAUGGCAAAGUGGUUGAUUGUCAUGAAGGUCUCUCAAAGUGUAAACUGCAGGAACACAAAGCCUCAGCAUUCAGUAGAAGAGGCCUACAACCGGUUGGCAGGUUUGUACCAAAGUGUGAGGCUGAUGGUAGCUACAGCAAGAUUCAGUGUUGGUCAUCUACUGGAUACUGCUGGUGUGUGGACAAGAAUGGUACUGAGUUACGAGGAACAAGGGUCAGAGGCAUUCCCGUUUGUCCUUCUCAGGGGCGCUCAAAACGAUCUAUCAAGGAUGGGUUUUGUCCAGUUGUGAAACAGCCAAGAACUGGUGCAUGCUCACGCAGUUGUAGCUCAGAUGAUGAAUGCCAAGAAAUGCAAAAGUGCUGUAAUGUCUCAGGAUGUGGAUUCACCUGCCAAGAACCUUCUUUCACAACCUGUCCAAAUGGAAAACCUUUCUUGCUGUGUCUACACAUGUGUCAAUUUGCAAGAUGUCCUGCAUAUCCAAAGGCUACUUGCUUCUCUGAUCCAUGUAAGAUGUGCAAAGUUGAGUUCCAUGAUGAACAAGGAAAUCUUGUCAACUGCACUAAAGGCUUAACUCCAUGUCAAGCUCGCCAAAAGUUAUCAACCGGUGUGCUGGGAGAGUUUGUUCUCAAGUGCAAGAGUAAUGGAAGUUUUGAGCCAGUGCAGUCACAUGAAGGUUACUUCUGGUGUGUUGACAAGGAUGGAAGGGAAGUGAACGGGACAAGAAGGCUCUUCCAGAAGCCAACAUGUAUCAGUCGACUGAAGAGUAGUUUGACAUUGUGUCAGUUGCAGACGCUACAAAGUGGAGAGAGGCCCAUGCCUGGUCGAUACAUACCACAGUGCAAAGCUGAUGGCAGCUUUGAAGAAGUGCAAUGCCAUCCUUCCACUGGUUACUGUUGGUGUGUCAAUACACAAGGAUGGGAAAUCAAAGGAACUAAAGUAAGAGGACGACCAACGUGCGGGAAAGUGUGUGCACCUGUAUUGUGCAGAAUGUACUGUGAAUUUGGUUGGGCUCAGGGUCCAGAUGGCUGUGAUAUCUGUAAGUGCAAAGAGAUUCCUAUCAAGCCUGGUUUCUGUCCUGCAGUAGAGUCAGAUCAAGUUGGUACAUGCACAGAGGAAUGCAGCAUUGAUGAUGACUGCCUGGGAAAUCAAAAGUGCUGCUCCAAUGGCUGUGGUCAUGUUUGUACUGCUCCAGAAUAUAAAGCUAAACCAGGUUAUUGUCCUGCAGUUGAUAUGCACCAUGUCGGGAUUUGUAAAAGUGAGUGCAGCUCAGACCGUGACUGCCAAGGAGAACGGAAGUGCUGCAGUAAUGGAUGUGGGCGUGUCUGUAGUGCGCCAGUCCGAGAAGCGUGUCCCCGUGGUGCUCCUUUCAUGAUGUGUCAUUACAAUCCGUGUGAAGGAGCUAGCUGCCCUGCCAACCCCAAAGCCCAUUGCCUUCCGGAUAACUGUGGCGGCUGCACAGCACAGUUCUUUGAUGACAACGACAAUCUUGUUGACUGUUCAGCGAGUGCGACCAAAUGCCAAAAGGAAUAUUUGGAUGCAACUGCAUCCCCAGGGAUGGUUGGCCAGUUUGUUCCAAGAUGUGCAGCUGACGGUUCAUAUGCCCCUGUACAGUGUCAUGGCUCUAUUGGCUUCUGUUGGUGUGUAGAUAGAGAUGGAAAGGAAAUCCCCGACACCAGAGUUCGUGGACAACCAAAGUGCGCCACAAAAUGUCAAAAGGCGAAUUUGAAUGCAACUCAAAACCCAUCCAUUGGCCGGUUUGUUCCAAAGUGCAAUGCUGAGGGUUCAUAUGCCCCAAUACAGUGUCAUGGCUCUAUUGGCUUCUGUUGGUGUGCAGAUAGAGAUGGAAAGGAAAUUCCUAACACCAGAGUUCGUGGGCAACCAAAGUGUGCCACAACAUUCAGUCUCGGUCCUACUUGUGACGACGGCACAACAUGGCAGCUUUGCAGUGAUUCUUGUAAGAAUGCUUCUUGUACCAACAAUCCUGACGCCAAAUGUGUAGCCCCGAUGGGAGGCUGUGGCCCUAAUGCUUGCAAACCCAAAUUCUACAACAAAAUGGGCAAGGAGGCGCAAUGUCUCACAGAAUGUCAACAGAAAGCUUAUCAAGCCACCCACCCCACGCUUGUAGGAGCCUUCAUACCCCAGUGCAAUCCAGAUGGUAGCUAUGCGCGUGUGCAGUGCUGGGGCUCUACUGGAUAUUGUUGGUGUGCGUCAGAGGAUGGAUCUGAGUGGCCUGGAACUAGAGUAAGGGGAAAACCCAAUUGUGAUGCCAGUGAAGGUCCACAACUUUUGAGCGUCCAUGUGAGACUUACCUUUGACUACAGCUUGGGUUUAGUGAAGGACGUUGUAGGCCAAUUUAAGGAAUCAGUUAAGACACAGAUGAUUACCAUGUUUUCAUUAAAGGAAAAUCAACUACAUGGCCUUGAGGUGCAAGAAGGAAGUAUUUUAGUUGGAUUCAGCGUUGAACCGGUCAGCGAGGGAAAAGACCUGAGAGACUUUGCAGAUGAAAUUACUGAAAAGGCACGCAAACACGAACUACUCAUCAAAUUCAGCGGUAUCACCUUUGUUGCUGAACCAGACGUCAUGCUAGCCUCACCUAUGUAUGUGGAAGAAAAAACAGUUUCGAAAAAACAAGACGAAACCGCUAGUAGCAGUGUGUCUGUCACCGGUGUUGCAUUAAUAUCUGUCUUCUGCACCUUGGCUGUAGUUGCUGUAGCUCUUGUAGCGUUUAAGUUGAUUCAGAAAAAACGGAAAAGCUCCGGUGUAGAGGAGAGGGCCAACUUUGUUUACAAAGAUGGAGGGGCUGAGAUGAACAGCACACUCACGGAUGCCUGAAUUUUGGAAUUUUGGACUCGACUCUAUACUGGAUGUGUCUCAACUACUGAUUAUUAUUCUACAAUGGCAGACUAAUAACGUAGCGAAGGGGUUUGAUCAAGUUUCGGUCAUUAUAGAUGAAUAAAGGCCGAUAGUUUCGAAAGAAACUGUUUGGGUCUGCGUCGGUGGGGGUAACGAAAUAAUUUUGAUAUAUCAACAAAGUUGAAAUGGUAAAUUUUGUAGUAUUUGAUUCCGUGACGCCCCAAGUCACCUCGGAAGUGCUGGGGGGGGGAGAAACUGCUAGGAAAAAUCAAGGAAUACAAAAAUACCUUUUCGUUCUCGAACAGUACAUGGUAAUUUACUUGAAAAAAAAAAUUUUUUUUGGUAGUAAAACAAUUCGAAGAUAUGACCAAGUAUAUUUUUUAAGAUAAAUAAACAACCAACAUUUUAUAUUGA